CACCACUAUUCCUCUUUACCCAUCGCUGCGUCGACACCUGCUCUGCUCUUGAAUUGGCUCCUGUGCUCUUCGCCACGAUGGCUUCGUCUAGCGCUGCUCAUCCUCCCCUCUCCACUUCAGCCGACCCGCUUCGAGAGGAUCCUGGCAGGGUAGAGACUGCAACCGUGGAGGCAGACGUUCGGUUCGAACAGGCAGACUCGAGAAAGCGCAGCAAUGCUACCUCGUCAACCUCGGCUUUGCCAGCAGCGCGAGGCGAGCGGAUACCUGGCCCGCCGAUUGUUGAGACGAAGGAGGAGAUGCAGGAGGAGUUGCACAAUCUUGAUCGAGUGAAGAUGGCAUUGGAGGGAGGCGCUCGAUUGUCCUCGCCAGAGCAGUCAGUACUCCGUCUGGCGAAUAUCAGGCUCUCAGGCUCUUCAGCUGUUCGUCCUUCCUUCCUCGCAAGAGUCUGCCGCCCCUACGUAGACGAGGAUCUGGCCUUCUCGCGCCUGUAUCGUCUACUGCACUCUUCCUCUGGCCGCCUCGACUUUCCUCCUCCAGGGGCGCCUACAACGCUACAAGGCGUCCUACAGCUGACCUCUUCUCUCGCCAACGAUUUGCAGCGUCUAGACCUUUACAAUGGCAUCGACGCCUCCAUCCUGCCCGCCAUUACGCCCUCGUCACCACAGACGGCGAUGCAGGAUGUGGAUGUGCUGCUACAGCUCAGGGAGUCGCCUCGGUUGUUCCUCAAGAGUUCGACUGAUGUUGGAAACGGAGAAGGAAGCGUGAGCGUGCAAGGGAGGAUUCGAAAUCUGUUCGGAGGAGCAGAGAAGCUCGAGGGAAGCUAUGAGACGGGCACUCGUACCAGAGGGGCAAUGAACGCUACCUUUACCACACCAGUGCUGGCCUCACCAGAUCACGCGUUCACUCUGUCCGGCUACCUGUCCAAUCGCGACAAGACCUUCUACGCCUCGCACUACGAAGCUCUGCAAGGUCUCAAAGCUUCCCUGACUGCAAAUGCCUCGUCCAGCUCGCAGCACGAGCUGGCAUGGGAGCUCAGCUGGAGGCAGAUGAAUCGCCUUUCUCCGUACGCGUCUGCAUCGAUUCGGAAGAUGGCGCGGGGAGGCGGACACAGCGUCAAGAGCAGUCUGGUGCAUACCUUUGUCAGCGAUACGAGGGAUGCAGUCACGCCCUCGCAGGGUGGGUCGGAGGGCAGGCUAUUCAAGAGUGUAACAGAAAUGGCAGGACUGGGAGGUGACGCUCAAUUUGUCAAGUGGGAAGGACAGUGGGGGAUCAAUCGGUCUCUAGAGAACAAGCUAGGCAGCGGCUGGGCAUGGGCUGCUGGCGCAAGGGCUGGGCUCAUGCGGCCGCUCACCCUACCGAGCAUUGCAUCGGGAGAGACGUCCUCCCCGAUGACGGCGGCAGAUGUCAAGCUGCCCUUCGCAGAUCGGUUCCAGCUGGGUGGUCCGACCUGUGUACGGAUGUUCAAGAUGAACUCUCUCGGACCCAAGGACGGCAGAGAUUCGCUGGGUGGUACAGCCUUCUACUCUCUCGGAGCCUCCCUCUUCUCUCCUCUGCCUCUGAAGCCUCACUGGCCACUGAAGAUGCACGCCUUCUUCAACGGCGGGCAGCUCUCCUCUCUACCCCUCUCCCUCUCAGCGGCAAAGCCUGCUGAUCUACUUCAAGACACUCUUCUGCGUCCUUCUACAUCUGCGGGUGUGGGACUGAUGUAUGAGCAGGGAGCAUUGCGUCUAGAGCUUAACGCCGGGAUGCCACUGAGCGCUGCGAGGGGUGAUGGGAGCAGGAAAGGCGUGCAGCUGGGUGUGGGGAUCAGCUUCCUUGGCUGAGCCUGAGCGAGCACUGUGAGAAAUAUCAUCGCCGGCCACGUUGUACUCUACACCACCACUGUUAUUCCCACAUCUAUGCCAAGCAGCUUGCUUGGCCUCAAAAGUACUUGUGCGCUGCUGC